UAUUUUUCAUUGAGCUUUUGACAUUUUGGGGAUUAUCUACUAAAAGCAUAAGUGUUGGAGGUGUAUAAACACGGAGGGGUUCUUGUUUCUUGUCGGAAGAGAAAGGCUAAAGGAGUUCGGAACCCCGAAGUUGAACAUAGAGCUUCCCCUCGAUGCUGUUUUGACAAAAUGUUUGGCUUUAACACAUUUCUGAGGCCAACAUUUGUCUUCCUGUUAGUGAAGUGUUGCCUGGUUAGUUGUGAUAUAACGGACGGGAACGCGGAACAUCUUAAGAGGGAGCACUCACUGACAAAGCCUUACCAAGGUGUUGGAAGUCAGUGGGAUUUCUGGGGAAGCACACUGGUGACAAGCUCGUAUGUCCGACUUACUCCAGAUGAGAGAAGCAAGCAGGGAUCCAUAUGGAAUACUGUGCCUUGUUACCUGAAGGACUGGGAGCUGCAUGUGCAGUUUAAAGUUCACGGAUCAGGAAAGAAGAAUCUCCAUGGAGACGGCAUUGCCAUCUGGUACACGAAGGAUAGACUCCAUCCAGGGCCUGUGUUUUCCAACAAUGCUCACUUCCAGGGACUGGCCGUUUUUAUAGAUACUUACUCUAAUGAUGAGUCGACGGAUCGCUCCUUCCCUUACAUCUCAGCUAUGGUAAACAAUGGCACAGUGAAUUAUGAUCAUGGGAAAGAUGGCCGUUCAUCGGAGCUUGGAGGCUGCUCAGCUGACAUCCGAAACCGAGACUUUGACACAUACCUUGCUAUCCGUUAUUCCAGAGGAAGAUUGACUGUGAUGGUUGAUGUGGACGACAAGAACGAGUGGAAAGAGUGCAUCGACAUUGGAGGUGUGCGUCUCCCUACUGGAUAUUACUUUGGUGCAUCAGCAGCAACUGGAGACCUCUCAGAUAAUCAUGACAUCAUCUCUAUGAAGCUGUACCAGCUGAUGGUGGACCACACCCCAGAGGAAGAGAACUUGGACUGGACUAAAAUCGAGCCCAGUGUCAACCUUUUUAAGUCCCCCAAAGACAACAUUGAUGAUCCUACUGGAAACUUCCGUGGCACGCCCCUCACAGGUUGGAAGGUGUUCCUGCUUCUGCUGUGUGCUCUGCUUGGAAUCGUUGUGUGUGCAGUGGUGGGAGCUGUGGUUUUCCAGAAGAGACAGGAGAGAAACAAGAGGUUCUACUGAACAUAGAUGCAACAUAGACAUUCACAAUGACAGAACGAGCACAUACAAUGUGAAAUUUUGCUGAAGAUUGUACAAAUGUUUAUAACUUUUAAAGCACUGAGUAACAAAUGAAUAUUGGUAAUGAAAAGGUGGAGGAUGCUUGUUGAUGUCAACAUUUACCCUGAAUGGAUUUUUCUUUUAUGUGUCCUCAUGCUUUGAUAGCAGGGUAAAAGUAGAUUUGAACAUGGAAUUCAGUAAAGAAUUGUCACCACAUGCCUUUUGGUUAAUCUGGUGUCUCCAGCAUCUUUAGGGAAUGGGGAAAUUUUGAUAUAUUUUUUCCUUUUACUUUGUCUUCCAAUCAUGUUGUUUUUGCAAGUAGUACCAGGCUAAAAAAUGAUCAUUCAAAAUAAGAUCAACCAAUAUGUUGGCCUGCAACCUUGAUUUACAGCAGAAGAAAAAUUUGUGUUUAUCAUUUUUUGGGAUGGGGGGGGGAUAAUACUGUUCUCCACAAUAUCAGAAUCUUCCUCUUUGUCGUUUGGAGUUUGUUUUGUCUAAUUUCUGUCAGUUGCAUUUUGGGAUUCUGAUUUUUUUUUCUUCUUUUCUAUCAGUAUCAAAAGGUGAUGCCAUAAGAUCCACAGUUCUUAGUUGGUCUUCUUUUUAUGUAUGUUUCACACUUAGAAAUGCAGUUAUGUAUAAUGAUUUAAUCGUUUUCUGGAAAAUAAUUUAAUCUAGAACUAAAAAAAAAAAAA